AUGUUACCAUGCGGACCCAGUGUCCCGAGUUCGACUUUCUCUGACAUAACAGACUCAUGUUUUAUGAUGCCAAAUUACACUCAGGUAUACAUCACUUUUGUCCAUGCCGUCGAUAAGUCUCUUUGUCCUCUGAUCUUUCCUCUGCUUCAUCAUUUUCUUUCUUUUUCUUUAUUCGUGCCUUUACUUUGUGUCUGCUCUUUUAUUUCCUUCAGUCUUCUUUUUUCUUUCUUCUCUAUUCUUUCCUUUCCUUCAUCCAUACUUUUCUUUCCUUCUUCUCUAUCCCUUUCUUUCUUCCUUCCUUUCUUUCUUUCUGUCUUUCUUUCUUCACUAUCCUUUCCUUCCCUUGAUCUAUAUUUUUUCUUUUGUCUUCUCUAUCCUUUACUUUCUUUAUUCUCUAUCCUUUUCUUUCAUCUACAUCGAUCCUUUUCAUUCCUUCUCCGAUACCUUCCCUAUACUUUUCUUUCUUUCUUUCUUACUUACUUAACAUUCCCUAUACUUUUCUUUUUCUACUUUCUUUCUUACUUAACCAUCCCUAUCCGUUUCUUUCUUUCUUUUUUUCUUUCUUUCUUUCUUUCUUUCUUAACCAUCCCUAUCCUUUUUUUCUCCUAUCCUUUUCUUUCUUUCUUUUUUCUUUCUUUCUUUCUCUCUUUCUUUCUUUCUUUCUUCACCUUCCCUAUACUUUCCUUUCUUUCUUUCGUAAUUAACAUUCAUAUAAUUUUCUUUCAUUUUUCUUUAUUUCUUACUCGACCUUCCCUAUCCUUUUUUUCUUUCUUUCUUUCCUUCUUUCUUACUUAA